AUGGAUCCAAUUCCAUGGGAUCAGGUCAAGUCUGGGGAUCUGGAUGCCUUGCGGGUCGCACUUCUCUCAAGUUCGACCUCGCGAAGGCUCCGGGCCCUACAGGAACUUCGCGACAAGAGCGAAGUCGACUUGUCUCCUGAAUCUCAAAAGGACGUUCUUGCACUGCUCUUUCUGACAUAUCCUCUAUACGUCGACCGACCGUCCCGGCAGGCCGUCCAGCAAUGUCUCUCUUCCCUUCUCCGGACUCCGAAUGGCUCCGAUCAUCUCAAGGACGUGACCGAAAAGUUGAAGAGCGAGGCCGCGAAACCGGGUCUAGCGUCUAACUCCGGCUUUGUCUUGUUAGAAUGGUGCUGCGCUGUUUUGCAACAAGUCAGCGAACGUGCCGAUGCGCCAUUGGCCAAUGUCCUUGACCUGAUUUCCAUUGACGCCAAAGCAUUGGAAAAUUGCUUCAGCCAUACCCCCAAAGCUUCAGUCAGACAAUCAGCACUUCGGGUCACUAGACGAGCUUUGCGCGCCGCUUUCUCUUGUGAGGCUUGGGGCGAGGAAGCGUGUCGCCAGUCCAUUGCCCGGUUGACCACCGAAGCAACGGCCGGUUACAAGAAUGUGCUAUUGCUUGGUGUCAUUUCCGGUGUCUGUGCUCGACUGCCGGCUCGCAAGGCAAUCCUUGAGGAGGUCAAGAAAGAUAUUCUGGGCUAUUAUGUGAAAGAAGUGAUCAGCUCAAAGGUGGCAGUGCCUGCUCACGUGGCCAGUGGGCUGUCGGAUUUCUUUUCAUCGUUCAUCACACACGAGGACGUUGUGAGCGAGUUGGUGCCUCCCAUGGAAAAAUCUAUGUUGAGAGCACCUGAAGUGAUUAUGAACGGAGUAAUUCCACCGCUAUGUGCUUCGUUGCCUGAGGAUAUUGACCUCUCAGAAGUCUUACAAUCCCGUCUCUCGAAACAUCUGCUGGCUAGCAUGAAGUCAAACAAUGCGACUAUUCGACAAGGUGCAGCUGAUUCUUUCGGAGCCCUCGUUUCACGCUGCAAGACAGACACGUUGGUGUCAAAGAUCGCCAAUGAGCUUCUCAGUCCUCUAAAGACACAAAAAAUUACGAGCCCCGAACAUCGUGUCGCUUACUCGCAAGCAAUUCUCGCAAUCCCAGCGUCUGCGGGAGUAUCUACUGAGAUCGUUCAAGGACUUUGUCCUGUGUUCACUCGAGAGUCCAAUGAAGCUGCUCUGGAAGAGGAAUUGAAGGCGUUCUGCGCACACGUUUCUUUCCUUAUCAAGUCAUCUGUCAAGAUUGCUGAAGAUGUGACUAGUGCAGUGGCCAAAGGAGUUUCUGACAAGAGAAUCCCGUUCAGAAGAAUAUGGCAGCUGAGAGUGGGAGAAAUGCUUUGGAACUCUGACGUUAGCUCCCUCAAGACAGCUGAGAUCGAGCCACUGGUUGCCAAGUUCCUGUCCAAGAUGAAAGACAUCUUCGUGGAGGUUGCUGCGAACCCUCUGCCGUCUGCGCAAAGUGGCGCCCUAUCAUCUGCCUAUAUCUUCCUCGCCGUGUUCCGGCGUGUGUCAGAUAUCGAAGGCUCGGACAAAGCGCUCUGGGACGAGAAGGUCACGCAAGCGAUGACGAUGGGCGCCAAGCCUUCCUUCCUCCUUAACCCUCGUGCUUAUUCGAAGGUCACUUCUUCUGCGGAGACGCAAUGGCUCGUUCGAGCCUUGGCUGCCGUGACGGCUGGUCCUACCCUCAGACAUGUCGAUGAUGCAGCGAAGACAGCAUGGGCUCAGGCGCUGAUUUACGUCAUCACUGGCCCAACACUAGAGACCGCCCAUCGCCAAAGUGCCGUGGCUACAUUGGCCUCCAUUGUUCUUCAGGAUCUCAAGUUGAUAGGCCGUAUCAUGACUAACGCGCUCUGGUCUUGGCUUUUGGCCUUCAGGACGGCAGAGAAAGAGUCUGCCGCAUCUUUCGCCGGGCCCACUAGCGAAAGCUUGCUUCACUUGGUCUUGAGAGGGUUAAAUCCUUCACCCAAAGCAAGAGAAGAAAAUAAUGUCGACCUUUCAGCACUGGAGGGUCAACUUAUUGACCUUCUUGUCCUCGGGCGUUCAGUGAUGAUACCUAAUUGUUCGUGGAUUGACUUAUGCUUAGCAACUGGCGUUGAUCCUGGAAACCUCGUCCGUACUUAUCCCGGUGAUUGCAUCGAUCGACUAGUCAAUGUCACCACCGAUCCCUUGCAGUCAGCAGUGCCCAAUGUCAAUGAGGCAGUCUGGAGCGCCGCGGGGGAUUUGGCUUUUGUCGCACCCGAUGUCAUGGUACCACGAAUCGUUGACCAGAUUAAGAGGGACCUUGAUGGAGGUCGCCUGGCCAGAUUCACAGCUACGGAUGCAGCCAUCGCUCGCACUCCUGAAGGAACUACAUACAUCGAUGUUUUGAGCAGCAAGUCGAAACAACCCGUGUUCGAUAAGAACACGAAAGACUACGACACUUUGAAAUGGGAGCAGGAACUGCGAGCUCAACUGGCUGAGAAAAAGGGCCAAAAGCCCAAGAAGCUCACUCCUGAAGAACAGUCGAAGGUGAAUGCUCAACUCGCGAAAGAAUCAAAGAUUCGUCAAGAAGUCCAUGAGGAAGUCAAGCGUAUUGAACGUGGAGCUGGAUUUGUUCAAGGCCUAGCUAACAGUCCUGCAAGCGAUGCUGAAGGAUGGAUCAACGAGGCUGUAGGCUGCUUGCUCUCUCUUUCCAGAGCCGGCGCUGGGCUCUUCGUCGGCGACACAGUCUCUCGAGCCUACGUUGCCUGUUCCGACAAGUUGUCGUCGCGGCUUGCCACUACUCGACCUUUCAUUGGAAUUGCAACCCUUCGUGCCAUUGGCAGCACAAACUUGCCUGCAGAAAUGGAAACAGAGCAUCUCGGUCAACUUGUUACCAGGAUAAUGUAUCGCUUGCGGUUUGCAUCUGAGCAACGCCCGCUUGACACUCCUUCGCUCGCCUAUAUUCUCCCCCUGAUCUUCAUCAUUCUCAGUCAAAAUGGUAUUGAAGAGGUGAAGGGUGAACAAGAAGGUGAGCAAGUGCUUCUUGCUGUCGAAUUCUUGUCAUUCCAUACCAGUUGCUUCGCGGACGUGCGACUACCUCGUGCGGAGGUUUUGCAGCAUCUUCUCUCAGGCAUGCAAAGAUAUACACAGCAUUAUAAAUUGUUCAAGGACACUCUGUUUGAUUUUUGCCGUUGUAUCUCAACCACCAUCACUACCGAGGAACUUCAAACACUCUUGCAAGGCACAAUUGUUUCCGAUUCCUCCGUGCGCACCUCUGUGCUUCAGGUCAUCGAUGCGGAGAUUGACCUGACUGAUCUUGACUUUUCGGAGCACAUUUGGUUGAGCUGUCACGACCAAAUUGAGGAAAAUGUCGAGCUUGCCGAGGCCAUCUGGGAUGAAAACGGCCUAGAAGUGGAUGAAGAUGCUUAUCCCAAAAUCGUCAAAUACCUGGAUUCUGAGGAUUACCAGCUCCGGAGCGCUGCGGCGCGGGCUUUGGCCCAUGCCAUUGAAUUUGACAAGGGCAAGUUCGAUGGGAUCUUGUUUGACCUGGAGGCCAAGUACUCAGAGGAGGUCAAGCCCAAGGCGCCGGAAAAAGAUGCCUAUGGCAUGCCGAAGAAGAUUGAGAACACCGACAAUUGGGUUGCCCGAAGCGGAAUUGCAUUGGCUUUCAACGCCAUGACCAAUCUCUUUGAGGGCGAUCAGAUCAUCAAUUUCUUGCAGUUCCUCAUUGAGCGUGGUCCUCUUGUCGAUAAGAACCCGUCUGUGCGAGCUCAGAUGGCAGAGAGUGGCAAAUCCGUCAUUGCCGAAAGGGGCCAACAAAAGGUUGAGGAGUUGAUGAAACUUCUUGAGACCGUGUUGGAAACGUCAGACAAAGCAACUCAAACUUCAGAUCUUUUGAACGAGGCGGUUGUCGUACUCUACGGUGCACUAGCCCGUCAUUUGCAGGCUGAGGACCCUCGGCUUCAGACGGUCGUCAACAAGCUUCUUGCGACGUUGCCAACACCCUCGGAAACCGUACAAUCUGCAGUUUCCGAGUGUCUACCCCCUUUGAUUCGGCUUUCUGGCCCCAAGACCGCCGACUACGUGCAGCAGAUGUUGGAUUCGCUUCUCAAUGUUAAGGACUAUGCCACUCAGCGUGGAGCCGCCUACGGUCUGGCUGGUAUUGUCAGCGGUAGAGGCAUCUCCACUCUGCGUGAAUUCCGCAUUAUGAGUCUUCUCAAGGAGGCUUUUGAGAACAAGAAAGAAGCGCAUCAGCGACAGGGGGCCUUGUUGGCAUACGAACUCUUUGCUUUCGUUCUUGGCCGUACUUUUGAGCCUUACGUUAUUCAACUCGUUCCUCAGCUACUUGCCGGUUUCGGUGAUCCGAGCAUUGAUGUUCGCGAUGCUUGUCUGGAUGCUUCGAAGGCAUGCUUCCAGAACCUUAGCUCAUAUGGUGUUAAGCAGAUUCUCCCGACUCUUCUCGACGGUUUGGAUGAUACUCAGUGGCGUAGUCAGAAGGGCGCUUGCAACCUCUUGGGAGCCAUGGCGUAUCUUGAUCCUCAGCAGCUUGCUGCCAGCUUACCCGACAUCAUCCCACCUCUCACCGUCGUGCUGAACGACACCCACAAGGAAGUCCGUAAUGCUGCCAACCGCAGUCUACAACGUUUCGGAGAGGUCAUCAGCAACCCCGAGGUCAAGAGCCUGGUGAACGUACUCCUGAAGGCACUCAGCGAUCCGACCAAAUACACUGACGAGGCGCUCGAUUCACUCAUCAAGGUCUCUUUCGUGCACUAUUUGGAUGCGCCAUCUUUGGCUCUAGUCGUUCGAAUUUUGGAGCGUGGUCUAGCUGAUCGCUCUGCCACCAAGCGCAAAUCUGCUCAGAUUAUUGGCAGCUUGGCUCAUCUCACAGAGCGGAAGGAUCUAAUUGCGCACCUACCAAUUAUUGUUGCCGGUCUCAACAUGGCUAUUGUUGAUCCUGUUCCAACCACUCGAGCAACUGCCUCCAAAGCUCUGGGUUCACUCAUUGAGAAGCUUGGCGAAGACGCAUUGCCUGAUUUGAUCCCCAACCUGAUGAAUACUCUCAAGUCAGACACCGGUGCUGGUGAUCGUUUGGGAUCUGCACAAGCACUUUCGGAGGUUCUUGCUGGUUUGGGUACCACCAGGCUUGAGGAGACUUUGCCUACCAUUCUCCAGAAUGUGUCGAGCUCGAAGCCUGCUGUUCGUGAAGGCUUCAUGACUCUGUUCAUUUUCUUGCCCGCUUGCUUUGGUAACAGCUUUGCCAACUACCUCAGUAAGAUCAUUCCUCCUAUUCUUGCUGGUCUUGCAGACGACAUUGAGUCGAUCCGAGAGACUUCUCUGCGCGCCGGUCGUCUUCUUGUCAAGAACUUCGCGACCAAGGCUAUUGAUCUGCUUCUGCCUGAGCUCGAGAGAGGCUUGGCGGAUGACAGCUAUCGCAUUCGUCUCAGCUCCGUCGAGCUGGUUGGAGAUCUGCUCUUCAGUCUCACUGGUAUCAGCGGCAAGUCCGAGGCAGACGAAGAGGAAGAAGAAGCCACUCAAGCUGGCCAGUCGCUAUUGGAAGUUCUUGGAGAGGAGCGAAGAAACAAGGUUCUUUCAGCCCUCUUCAUCUGUCGCUGCGAUACUUCUGGCUUGGUUAAGAGUGCUGCAAUGGCAGUAUGGAAGGCCCUUGUCGCUUCACCCAAGACUCUCAAGGAGAUGGUAUCGACUUUGUCGCAGCUUAUCAUUCGUCGUCUCGGCUCGUCCAACAUGGAACAGAAGGUCAUUGCUUCCAACGCUCUCGGCGAUCUCAUCAAGAAGGCCGGCGAAUCUGUGCUCUCUACACUGUUGCCACUGCUGGAGGAGGGACUUCAGACUUCCCCUGAUGUGGACGUCAAGCAGGGCAUCUGUUUUGCUUUACGUGAGCUUAUUACUGCUACUACUCCUGAAGCUCUGGAGGAUUAUGAGAAGAUUCUCAUUUCUACUGUUCGUGUGGCUCUUGUCGAUAGCGAUGAAGAUGUACGGGAGGCUGCUGCUGAGGCGUUCGAUGCUUUGCAGCAAAUUCUGGGCAAGAAGGCCGUGGACCAAGUUCUCCCUUACCUGCUUCACCUGCUCAGAAACGACCAGGAUGCCGAACAGGCUUUGUCUGCUCUUUUGACUUUGCUCACUGAGCAAACUCGUGCGAACAUCAUUCUCCCCAACCUCAUCCCCACGCUACUCACACCUCCGAUUUCUGCUUUCAAUGCCAGAGCACUGGCCUCCCUGGCUGAAGUUGCAGGAGGCGCGAUGACAAGAAGACUCCCGAAUAUUAUCAACGCUCUCAUGGACGGUAUUAUUGAGACGAAUGACGAGGAGUUGAAGUCUGAGCUUGAAGCCGCGCUUGACACCGUCUUGGUGUCCGUAGAUGAAUACGAUGGUCUCAACACUGCUAUGAACGUGAUGAUGACCUUGGUCAAGCAUGAUGAUCAUCGCCGCCGAGGCAAGGCCGCCCUUCACCUCAGCAAGUUCUUCAUAGAUGCAGAACUCGACUACUCGCGUUACCAUCAAGAUCUGAUCCGUGUCUUGUUAAUCUCAUUCGACGACAGAGAUCAGGAGGUCGUGAAGGCCGCCUGGACUGCUCUCAGUGGCCUCACUUCGCAGCUGCGCAAGGAGGAAAUGGAGGUCCUGGCGAUCCCGACGCGCCAAACACUGCGCCAAGUUGGCGUCGCGGGUGCGGAUCUGCCUGGCUUCGGCCUUCCCAAGGGCAUCAUGGCCGUCCUGCCAAUCUUCCUUCAAGGUCUGCUCAAUGGAACAACCGACCAGCGCACACAGUCUGCGCUCGCGAUUGCAGAUAUCAUUGACCGCACCGGUCCCAAUUCGCUCAAGCCGUUCGUCACACAGAUUACCGGUCCCUUGAUUCGUGUGGUCUCGGAACGUUCCGUUGACAUCAAGUGUGCCAUUUUCUUCACACUCAACAAGCUUUUGGAAAAGAUCCCGCUUGCUGUCAAACCCUUCCUUCCUCAACUCCAGCGCACCUUUGCCCGUGGUCUUGCCGAUUCCUCAAGCGAGACACUUCGCAACCGUGCAGCCAAGGGCCUUGGUAUCCUCAUCACUCUGACGCCAAGAGUAGAUCCGCUCAUUGCUGAACUCAUCACUGGAUCGAAGACCACCGACACUGGUGUUAAGAAUGCUAUGAUGAAGGCUCUUCAAGAAGUGGUGGGUAAGGCUGGGGCGAACAUGAGCGAGGCUUCGCGAAAUGCUAUUCUGACUUUGAUUGAUGAUGACGCGAGUGAUGAAACUGACGCUGUUGCCAUCACAAACGCCCGACUGCUUGGUGUGCUUGUCAAGGUGAUCCCAGACACGUCCGCUGUGCCUCUCAUCAAGCAUCGUGUGCUCAACGGUCAAUUCUCUCAUGCGUCCAUUCUCGGUCUCAAUGCUCUGCUCGCAGAAGCCCCCGCUGUGUUAUUGGAUAAUUUCGUCACAGAGACUCCCGGUGCCAUCUGUCAGGGUGUCACUCAGAAGGACCCGUUCAUUUCUGAUAACAGUGUCCUCGCUGCUGGAAAAUACCUUCUCUCCAGCCACGGCGACCACAGCUUCGAGACACACAAGGCCAUCUUUGAGGCCUUGACUUUGGCAAUUCAGCCUGGAGGUCCAGUUGACACCCGCCGACUGGCACUCGUUGUCAUUCGAACCGUCAGCCGCCUGCAUCCUGAGCUCACUCGCCCGCAUCUGGCCAUUCUUGCCCCGCCUAUUUUCGCAAGCGUCAGAGAUCUGGUCAUUCCUGUGAAACUGGCAUCGGAAGCUGCUUUCCUAUCCCUCUUCUCUGUUGUGGACGCGGAUAGCGAGGUCUUUGACAAAUACAUGGCGGGACCUGGUGCUUCUUUGCCUCCAGGCCCUAAGCGCAGUAUGUCAGACUACUUCAAGCGAGUCGCGAUGCGCCUUGCUAAUCAAGCACGCGAGCGCCGGGUCGCCGAGGGUGGCGAAGGUGGACUUGGUCUGUCGAAUGACGAGGUAGACGAUGAAAAGGAGGUCUGGAGUAUUGGCAAGGUGGAUCUGGGAGAUGAUUCGUUCGGUGACGACUGA